GGCUGGGAGAGACGGCAGUGUGAAACAAAGCACGUAUUUCGAAGGUUUGAUUGCCUUUAAUUAGCCAAGGUUUAAAUUCACUUUUCGCACGUCGGGGCAGCGUAAUGGCAGCCUAAUGUCUGGCAUUUCAAGUCAUUGUUGCUAGAUAAUAAAACGGGGGCUGUCUGGAGUCGUACCGCAGGGUUGAACGUCAGCUAAUGUUAACUCGCAAUCGAAUACGUUAAAAAUGGCGACACUAAACUACUAGAAUAAACGCGUUAGUGCGACGGACUCGACGGGAAGUCGCCGUGAGCUAAUGCUACAUAGCUUGAGUUAGCUAGGUCUUUGCGCGUACUCGCUUGCCGCGCUGCCACGGAGCUGUGCGGGUCCAGUUCCACGUCUCCUCCACGGAGCCGUGCACGCUGCCAGCUGGGCUAGGCCACGUCCUUCUAGGGCCGACGUUCAUUGGGCGGACUGCGGGGAAGAUGCCCAGUAUGCGGAAGGAAGACGACGACGGGGUGUGAAGACCAACGAGAUGUGAGAUGACUAACAUUAACGACAAUUGAUGAACGUUUGCCGCAUACACGCGACAUGCACACUCACGCCGUGGAAAUCCUCUCAUUGAGCCACAAGGUGAGCAACCCGGAGUGACACUUUCUCAAAGUCCUGUUCGGAAAUGAUCGGCUUCGGCGCAAACCGACGUGGAGGCCGCCUCCCUUCCUUCAUCCUCAUCUUCCUCAUGGCAAUCAUCGCCAUCCUGGCGUUCAACUACUGGACUGUGUCCAGCAAGCACGGACGCUUGCUGGACGAGCUGGCGGAAGUGCAGUCCCGGGUGAAGCGGACGGACGCGGCGAGGAGCCGGCUGGAGAAGCGCAACUCGGAGCUGAUGGUGCAGGUGGACACGCACAGGAAGCAGAUGGAGCAGAAGGAUGGAGACUACGCCGUACUGGAAGGAAAGCUGCAGGCCCGAGACGCGCUCGUUAAAAAGUGCACGGAAGAAAAGGCUAAGCUGCAGGGUGAUGCUGCAGUCCAAAUGAAAGAAAUCCAGAGGCUGAAAGAGCAGCUGAAUGAUUUGAAGCAAGAGUUUAUGAAGCAAGAAAAGGAGCUAAGCGAGGUGAAAAGCAAUAGAACCACCUCGGAGAAAAAGCUGGAAUAUGAAAAUUUACAGUGUGGUCGUCAGAUUGCACAGUUGAAACUGGAGUAUGAGGAAUCAAAGAAGACUUUAGAAGAAGCUGUGAAGCUGAGACAGCAUGCAGUUGACCACCAAAAUGGUGUAGCGGCUGGAAGACGUGCUGAGGGAGCUCCUGGUGUGCAGUUGACUGAAGAGCACCAUACAGUGGCCACCCACCGUCGCGAUAGUCUAGAUUUAAAAGACGUAAUGGGUAAGCCUGGGAGUGAUGCUGGUAUGCCCGGUAUUGAAGACAGUGAGGUUGGAAAACUUGAUGAAAUGCAAUUUGAAUUGAAGAAGCCAGCCAUCACUCAGAAGAAGCGUGACGAGGCCCCUGAUGCGUUUGCGGGUGCCGGCGCUGGACCUGGUGAUGGUCCAGGCGGGCAGGGCUUAGCUCUUGACCAGCCCCGCCUCCAGCAGGACGGCGUGGAAGGCCAGGCAGCUGUGAUCGCCCCUCCGGGUGUCGUCAAACUGGCUGACAAGCCGAUGGUGUUUGAAGAAGACAACAAAGCAGAUAUCAAAGCGGACGAACUGGGCGAACAGCAAAGACAACUUCGAGCCCCAGAUGUCAAAGGUGAGGAUGAGCACUUGAAAGGGAUUCCAUUGCCAGGCAAUCCUGCCCAGGUGCCCAAACCCAUCCAGCCGCACCGUGCCAAAGACCAGGUCCCAGCAGGGGCACGUCACCGUCACCAAAGCCGGUUCUUUGAUGAGAUCGAGUCCCCCGUAGAUCCGCAACAUGGCUCUAAGCUAGCGGACUACAAUGGGGACGAUGGCAAUGUGGGUGAGUAUGAAGCGGACAAGCAGGCCGAGCUGGCCUACAAUGAGGAAGAGGAUGGUGAUGGUGGGGAGGAAGAUGUUCAAGAUGAUGACGAUCGAGACAUGCAGGGAGAUCGGGCUGUGGAUUAUGGAAAGCGACGUCAAGUCAUGGACGUUCUUUAAACAGAAAUUUUGUACAGCAGGAUGCCAUUCAAACACCUUUUGUCUGCAACCUGGCUCUCUGGAAUCAGAAUUUACGGCUUGCAUCCUUCAUAUCGUGGACCUUUUUUUUUUUUUUUUUCCCCAACCGAUUACUACUGAUGUAUUUGAAUAAUGUAAC